CUGCUUUUUUGGCACUGACCCGCACAUCGCCUUCCUCCAAAAAGCCAGCGUUCAACUCAACCUUCUUCUUCACAUGAUUUUUGUUACUUUUCUGAGGAUUUUUCUCAUAAUUGCGCGAAGAAUCUAAGCUACCAACACGCCCUCUCUCCGCCCACCAUUUCCAUUUCAGGCUCCAAGUACAACUCAAAUGCUACACAUUCUGCACUUUUCUCCGGCAUUGAAAGAGAGGUUUGCGUUGGAUUCGAGAUUUUAAACCGUUAAGAAGUUCUUCUGAACAGUCGACUUUAGAAUUUACAUUGACAAUUUUGUGAUGGCAAGUUGUACGUGGAUACAUUUUGCUCUUUCUGAUGGUCGAAACCCAGUUGGCGUACUGAAUGUUCUUGGAGGAAGAGUAUCAAUGUCAAAUUAUAAUUCGUCCGGAAGAUUUGGCUGCGUUAAAAUGCAUGAAGAAGGGAAUGGAUUUGUGGGUGUUGGCCAAAAGUUAGCUCUGCGUAAAUUCAAAUGUGCCUCCCAUUCUCACAGUGUCGGUUCAUAUCCAAAUAGAGACCCUUUUCUUGAACUACACCCUGAAAUUUCAAUGCUUAGAGGAGAUGGGAGCAAUAUGUUGAGUAACCCAAGACAGGAUAGUUUAAGUGAAAGUAACACUGAGAGUUUGGGAGACACAAUCAGUCCAAGUAAUUAUGGUGAAGCAAAGAUUAAAGUUGUUGGCGUUGGAGGUGGUGGGUCAAAUGCAGUCAAUCGUAUGAUAGAGAGUUCAAUGAAGGGAGUGGAGUUCUGGGUUGUCAACACGGAUGUUCAAGCUUUGAGAAUGUCCCCUGUGCAAUAUGAGAACCGUCUUCAAAUUGGUCGGGAACUUACAAGGGGUCUCGGAGCGGGUGGGAACCCGGACGUUGGAAUGAGUGCUGCCAACGAGAGCAAGGAAGCUAUUGAAGGGGCACUUUAUGGAGCAGACAUGGUUUUUGUCACUGCUGGAAUGGGUGGAGGGACCGGAACUGGUGGUGUUCCUGUCAUAGCAAGUAUUGCCAAGUCGAUGGGUAUAUUGACAGUCGGUAUCGUUACAACUCCAUUCUCUUUUGAAGGGCGAAGGAGGACAGUUCAAGCCCAGGAAGGAAUUGCAGCUUUGAGAGACAAUGUUGAUACACUUAUAGUCAUUCCAAACGACAAGCUGUUAACUGCGGUUUCGCAAUCAACAGCUGUGACAGAAGCAUUUAACCUAGCUGAUGAUAUUCUUCGCCAAGGUGUUCGCGGUAUCUCCGACAUAAUUAUGAUACCAGGACUCGUCAAUGUAGAUUUUGCCGAUGUUCGAGCUAUCAUGGCAAAUGCUGGCUCUUCAUUGAUGGGGAUUGGAACUGCAACUGGGAAGAGUAGGGCAAGAGAUGCUGCUUUAAAUGCCAUCCAAUCUCCAUUACUUGAUAUUGGUAUAGAGAGGGCCACUGGUAUUGUAUGGAACAUUACCGGAGGGACUGAUCUGACCUUAUUUGAGGUAAAUGCUGCUGCAGAGGUCAUAUAUGAUCUUGUAGAUCCAUCUGCCAAUCUAAUAUUUGGAGCAGUUAUAGAUCCAUCAAUCAGUGGACAAGUUAGCAUAACUCUGAUAGCUACUGGGUUUAAACGCCAAGAAGACAGUGAUGGGAGGCCCUUCCAGGUAAGUCAGCCAGCACGGGGAGAAACGACGUAUAGAGUAAAUCAAAGUCAUUUCGCUGAUGGUGGUCUUGUUGAAAUCCCCGAGUUCUUGAAGAAGAAAGGUCGGUCACGCUAUCCUCGAGCUUAAAACUCUCCAUCUUUCAGCUACUCUAAACUAGUUUCCCUUUCAAGUACUACUGCACAUUGCUUCAGUCAGGUAGUAGAUCUCUACGCCCCAUUGUUUGAAAGUAGUGUGGUAGUGUAAAUAAUUGGAAUGGUAGCUGCCCAAAAUUCAAGAUCAAUGGUUUCUCCUUUGUAGUUUGAGAGCCUGUUUUAAGCAAACACACUUUCAUUGAGUUGAAUUUGUUGAUGAUCUUCAUUGUGUUCUUGAGAGGGAGCGUUAUUUGUAAAGCUUAGUGGCGGUUAUGUUGAAGACAUGGAACUUGUUGAGCUUUCUUUAGGUUUAUGAGAAUGAAUGGUAUUUCAUA